UGUUGUGCUGGAAAACUCGAAGCAGCAUGAUAGGAACACUUCGUUAUCUGAAGAAAAGAUUAUAGCGCUCUUGAAAUAUGGACGAUGAACCUUAUUUUCCCCAACGACAUAUCGUACACAGAAUUUAAAGCAAAAAAUCGUGUAUACUGGAGGAUUCUGACGGAUAGAUUUUGGAAAUGGUUAUUUAUAGCAGGAUUCAUCUUUGGACUGUACAUUUGGAUUAAUCUAAGGUGGAGUAGUUGGUAUGGAACAGAACUAGAACCUAGAUGUCAAGUUCCUGCAGAUGAGUUGGAAGAUAUGAGAACAAUUGGACGUCAAACGAAAGAUAUCCUUGAUAAACAUAAUAUGACGUAUGUGUUAGGCUUUGGGUCAUUAUGGGGAGCCCUAAGAACUGGUGACAUUUUACCUUGGGACAUUGAUAUCGAUCUUUUUGUGAUACUGGAUAGAAAUUCGGAUAUAAUGGGAAGUAUUGAAUUUCUAAUGGGAGACAUGAAAGAACAGGGUAUGGAUGUUUAUUACCGUGGCUGGGGUGGUAUUAUUCAGGGCUACUCCCCUGUCUAUCAUUCACAGAUUGAUCUGUCAUUCUGGUGUGACUACUACGGUUCGGGUACGAUGCACAGAUGUUCAGGGUGGGAGACAUACAUCUUUUGGGCGAAUCACAGAUCAAAAUACAUUUUCCCAGCGAGACUUGUAAAGACUCCUCUUCCUACCAUGGAGUUUAUAAAUAGCCUGAUGGGUCAAGGAACAUCAGCUUAUGAUCAGUCGGAACUGGCCGAGUUUCAAGAUCUGACGUAUUUCACAAAACGUGAAGUGUUGCAUGUUCAUAAAAGAUUCGGGGAGCUUGCCCCUGAAAAGAUGAAGCUACAUGGCAGGAAUCCUACCUUAGCUAAAGAAGAUAUCUUAGCACUUCCUGAACUCGCAGCUAAUCCCUUCAAAGAACGUAUACUAGAGGUGUUCUCAGACACAGGUGACGGACACAUGAACUUUGAGCAGUUCCUGGACAUGAUGAGUCAGUUAAGCAGCAAGGCUCCCUUGGAAACAAAGAUAGACUUCGCUUUCAAGAUAUACGAUUUCAACGAGGACGGUCAGAUCUGUGAGAAUGAUCUACAGAAAGUGAUACUGUUUCUAGUACAACCUGCAGUCACUGGAGCCACUUUGAGUGGUGACGAGAGGAAUCAAGUCAUUAAAAACAAGAGCUGUCGUACUGGUAAUAAAAAAGAAGAGACGGCUUUAAGUGACUCCCAGAUUAAUGACAUAGUCAGGAAUAGCGUUAUCACGGAUGAUCAAAUUAAAAAAUUAGCCGGGAAGGUAAUAAGCGAGAUGGAUAUGGAUGACGAUGGCUCAAUAUCCUACUUGGACUUUAAGCACGGGAUGAGCAAACUAAAUGGCUUCGAGGAGAGUUUUAAGGUUACUCUAUAAACUUGAUAAAAUCAGACAGGCGCUUUUAAUGACUUCGGGAUUCAGAACUGGUGUUACAAGAAACCGGAUUGAACAAAUUGCAUGAAAGAAAAGACAUUUCGUAUUGGUUGACCAAGUUAGAUUUUGUUAGUGGAAUUGGGCAUAGAUUAUGAUCAACAGGAUCAGCUGCCGAUUUCGAGAAUGCAUUUCUGCACGUUCUAAUUUAUUUCAGAAAUGCGAUUUAUUUUAAAUUCUUUAAUUCUACUAUCUGACGAAAUAAAGUUUUUUGACCAAACUGAUGCUUAUUUGAGAAUCAAACUAUUUUUGUGAUUAUUUAUAAAUAGUAUAUACAAGCAGGGAGUUUCUUUUGAUUUUUUGCUAAAUUUUUAAAUGUUAUGUAAUUUAUGCCUUGUUUGGUAGAUGAAAAAUUAGAACUAUCGAAAAA